AUUGCAGCGUCGUACGUCAAUAGCGCAGCGCCUCUUACGGCAACCAAUGGAUGACGUGAGACACGCCAGGAGCGCAGGCAGGAAACGGGAUCCGAGUCCAGUAUGCGCAACUGGAAUGGAGAAUCGCAACGACGUUGCUUGUAUGGAAAAAAGAUCGUAGCGAAGAUACACAGCAAUCAAUCUGACUGGGACCUGCUGCUGCUGCGGACAGUGCGGGACCUGGACUUACCGCACGAUUUUACUACGUGGAGAGGGCAUGUCACGACCGAGCCUGGGGAAUAAAUGCUAGAUUCGUGUGUGCGUGAACAUUUUUUGCGGUCUUGAAGGGAAUAUGGAGCGGCUUGUGACGCGACGCGCGCUUGGAAAGGCGUGAAAAUAUCGGUGACGUUACGGCGGAAUGUCAAUGAAACUGAGGCGAUCGAUAUGAAAUAAAAAAUCCGUUUCUGGACAUCAGGAACAGCCCGAAUUAAACACAUCCUCACUCCUUCAUGUGUUUGUGUGAAUGCAAACGGGACGCCGCAUUAACGGGACUGUUGCUGUUCUGAGACCUGUGGCUGGUUCGGAACCGUCAUCUGGGUCGGUUCUGCGGCUCGGUGUGUGUGUGUAUUGGCGGAGGAUGGGAGAUUUAAGAGAGUCCAUGCAGAAGAAGGUCUCGGGAAGACGCACUCAUACUACAGGGCAGUGAUGCCGGGCAUGGUACUGUUUCGGCGACGCUGGUCAGUCGGCAGUGAUGACCUGGUGUUACCGGCUUUCUUCCUGUUCAUACUACACUGCAUAUGGCUGGUGGUUCUGUCCGUGGUUCUGUUUGGGCUGCCAUACAGUUCAGAGCAAUCAUGCUCGGUCACACUGGUGGAUCACGGUCGCGGUUACCUCGGCAUCCUGGUCAGCUGUCUGAUCUGCGAGAGCGCCAUCAUGUGGCUGAGCAUGAGAGGCAGCAUCCUGUAUACACAACCCAGAGAAGCAGUGCAGUAUGUGCUCUAUAUACGGCUGGCCAUCCUGCUUGUGGAGCUGGUAUAUGCAGUGGUGGGCAUCGCCUGGUUGGUGCAGUACUACCAGCCCUGCUCAGACAUCACCGCCAAGAAUCUCGCCCUGGGAAUUGUGGUUUGUAACUGGUUGGUCAUCUUCAGUGUGUGUUUCACCAUGAUGUGUACCUUUGACCCCACCGGACGGACCUUUGUGAAGCUGAAAGCAACUCGCCGCCGUCAGCGUAACCUCACAACAUAUACUCUCAGACACAGGCUAGAAGAAGGUCAAGCCAGCAGCUGGAGCAGGAGACUCAAGUUCUUCAUGUGCUGCACUCGAGCAAAAGAUACGCAAUCUGACGCUUACUCCGAGGUGGCCAGCUUGUUCGCCGAGUUCUUCCGGGAUCUGGAUAUCGUGCCGAGUGACAUCAUCGCUGGCUUGGUGCUCCUGCGACAGAGACAACGGUCCAAGAGAGCAUCCAUCUUGGACCAGGCAAACAAUGACGUUUUAGCUUUUCUGUCCGGGAUACCUGUAACUCGCAACACUAAAUACUUGGACCUCAAGAACUCGUCUGAGAUGGCCAUGUAUAAGGAAGUGUGUUACUACAUGCUCUUUGCCAUGGCGGCGUAUGGCUGGCCCAUAUAUCUUUUAAGAAAACCAGCGUGUGGACUCUGCAGACUCGUCAGCACUUGCUCCUGUAACACUUCAGUUUCAGGUUCUCGUCUCUCCCAGUCCAUCACCGUUGAGGAGGAUAACUGCUGUGGCUGUAACGUUCUUGCCAUCCGUCGACAAUUUCUGGACAGAGACCUUAAAGAAGUUCAAAUUGUCUACACAUCCUGGCAUGACGCGGUUUAUGAGACGCCCUUCUUUGUAGCAGUGGAUCAUGCAAAGAAAAAAGUUGUGAUCAGCAUCAGAGGGACGUUGUCCCCUAAGGACGCCUUAACGGAUCUUACUGGCGAUUCUGAGCGUCUGCCUGUAGAGGAGCAGCACGGCACAUGGCUCGGACACAAGGGAAUGGUUUAUUCAGCUGAAUACAUAAAGAAGAAACUAGAACAAGAAAUGAUUCUCUCUCAAGCCUUUGGAAGAGAUUUGGGUAAAGGGACGAUGCACUAUGGACUGGUGAUUGUGGGUCACUCUCUAGGUGCGGGUACGGCCGCCAUCCUGUCCUUCCUCCUCCGGCCGCAGUAUCCUUCACUGCACUGCUAUUCCUACUCCCCUCCCGGCGGCCUGCUCAGUGAGGAUGCAAUGGAGUACUCGAAAGAGUUUGUAACCUCAGUCGUGUUGGGAAAAGAUCUGGUCCCCAGGAUUGGCCUCUCUCAGCUUGAGGGCUUCCGUCGCCACCUACUUGAAGUCCUACAGAAGAGUGAUAAACCAAAGUGGCGGAUCAUUGCCGGGGGCACGAAGUGCAUCCCUAAAUCAGAGCUGCCCAUGGAUGACGAAGCUCCUGUAUCUCAGGGUGUGACCCCCUCUAAUUCUCGCCUGUGGCUUCACCCCAGUGACCUGAGCAUCGCCCUGUCAGCCUCCACGCCGCUGUAUCCACCAGGACGGGUCAUUCAUGUGGUGCACAACCACCCGCCUGAGAUGUGUUGUGGUCAGGAAGAACCCACUUACUCCGCUCUGUGGGGGGAUAACAAGGCCUUUGAUGAGGUCAUCAUUUCUCCAGCCAUGCUGAAUGAACACAUGCCCCAUGUGGUAAUGGAUGGCCUCAACAAGGUGCUGGAAAACCCAUAUUUAAUUUCAGACCUGAUUGCUGCACAGGUUGGAAGCCAGAGAGCUAGUAUCCAAGAGUGUGUUUCUGUCCCUAACAUACUCCCAGAUCCCUCUCUAACGCCUCUCUGUUCAGAUGAAUGUUUUAUAGUUCCAGAAACAUGCUCUGCUUCUCGAACUCCCAGUGAAACGGUUUCUGUCCAACCACGAGUUUCAGACACUCACAGGAACGGUCUUCCAGCAACUUUCAAGUCAAACCCUCAAAACACUAUGACAGAAACUCUCACCCCAAUCCCAUCGCCUGUCAUGUCUGUUACUGUAGAUACAUCUUCCAUUAGUUUAGAUAUAAAGCCAGGAGACAACUUCUGUGCCCUUCAACAACCAUCAACAUGUUCAUCUCAGCCUGAAUCCCCAACGGUUGCAUGUGCUCCCAAAAACAUUGACCAGGCGAACAUUACAUUGACCUCUACGAAGUUGGACUUGCCAAUAUUAGAAAUGCCCUCAUCUGUCCAAGACUCAACAAUCCCCUUUAAUGACUCUUUAUCUUCCAAAAUGAUAGAUGUAUCCAUUCCUGCUUCCCAAAGUAUCACUCCAUUUCCAAACACGUCAGAUGCCUCUUCUCCCCCAGAGUUUCUGUUAAAAACCAGCAUAAAUCCAGACGUUUCAGAGAGCCCAAUGACUAACGGCACAUCAGCUGAACUCUCAACAGAGAACCAUUCUACAAAACCCUCAGACUUUGAUAACACACCUUUAACUUCUCCUCAGGCUAGAUUGAGGUCCUCGACUGCCCGAUCUGAAGAGAACACAUUUAGUGCCACAUGUUAUAUCUCAAGCCUCUGAUCAAAAGUCUGGGGUUGGGGAAAAAAAAAAAAAAAAUAUAUAUAUAUAUAUAUAUAUUUUAAAGAAAUUAAAGGGAUAGCUCACUCAAAAAUGAAAAUUCUGUCAUUAAUUACUUGCCCUCAUGUCGUUCCAAACCCAAAAGACCUUCAUUCAUCUUCAGAACACAAAUUAAGAUAGCUUUGAUGAAAUCUGAGAUCUUUCUGACCCUGCGUAGACAGCAAUGCAACUACCAAGUUUAAGAUCCAGAAAGGUAGUGAACUAUCUCUUUAAUUAUCUUAUUCUACAAGGAUGUAUUAAAUUGAUCAAAAGUGACAGUAAAAAAAGUAUCCCAGUUUCCAUAUAAAUAUUAAGCAGCAAAUCAGCAUAUUAGAAUGAUUUCUGAAUGAUCAUGUGACACUGAAGACUGGAGUUUAACAUCAAGGAAUAAAUUACAUUUAAAAAAUAUUCAGUUGAGGUCAGAAGUUUACAUACAGCUUUCUUAAUAACCGGAAGGGAUCAUACAAAAUGUGUUAUUUUUAUUUAGUACUGACCUGAAUAAGAUAUUUCACAUAAAAGACGUUUACUUAUAGUCCACAAAAUAAUAGUUGAAUUUAUAAAAAUGACCCUAUUCAAAAGUUUACACAACCUUAAUAUUGUUGUUACCUGAAUGAUCCACAGCUGUUUUUUUUUGUUGUUGUUGUUUUAUGUGAUAGUUGUUCAGGAGUCCUCUUUGGUUUUUCAGCAUUUUUGUGUUUUGGACCCUAUCCAACAAUGGCUAUGAUUUUGAGAUCCAUCUUUCCACACUGAGGACAACUGAGGGACUCAUAUGCAACUAUUACAGAAGGUUUAAACGCUCACUGAUGCUCCAGAAGGAAACACAAGUCAUUAAGAGCCGGGGGGUGAAAACUUUUUUAAUUUGAAGAUCAGGGUAAAUUUAACUUACUUUGGGAAAUAAGAAUAAGGUUAACUUAUUCUGGGAAACAGGUAAGUAUCUUCUGAAGGGCAGUACUAAAUGAAAAAAAAUGUGAAAAAAUGUACACAUCUUCAUUGUGUUCAAAAGUUUACACCCCCUGGCUAUUAAUGCAUCGUUUUUGCUUCUGGAGCAUCAGUGAGCAUUUGCAUUUUGUGUAAUAGUUGCAUGUGAGGCCCUUUAGUUGUCCUCAUUGUGAAAAGAUGGAUUACAAAAUCAUACAGUCAUUGUUGGAAAGGAUUCAAAUACACAAAAAUUCUGAAAAACCAAAAAAUUUAUGGGACCUGAAGGAUUUUUCUGAAGAACAGCAGUUUAACUGUUCAGGACAAACAAGGUAUGAACACCUCAUGAACAACUAUCACUAAACAAACAAAACACAGUUGAGGAUAAUUUAGGUAACAACACAGUAUUAAGAAUCAAGUGUAUGUAAUCUGAACUAAAUCUCUUGUGAAAUAUAUGUAAAUAUCUUUUAUGUGAAAUAUCUUAUUCAGGUCAGUACUAAAUAAAAAAUGACAUGCAUUUUGUAUGAUCCCUGUUACUGUGGUAAAUUACCAUUUUGCAGACUCUGCAAGGUGUAUGUACACUUUUGACUUCAACUGUAUAUUCAAAUAAAAAACAUUAAAUUGUAAUGUUUUUUUUCACAACUUUUUACUGUUUUUGAUUAAAUAAAUGCAUCCUUGGAGAACAUAAUAGACUUAUUUCAAAUACAUAAAAAAAAAAAAUCUUACAGACCCCAAACUUUUCAACGUGAGUGUAUGUUACACAAUGUACAGUACAACCAAAAGCAUGUGCUUUCUUCCUUUGCAGCUAAUAAUCUCUUUUCCUCUCUGCCAGAAACAUCCAUCAGCUCAAGCUUUGGGCAUCUGUGGUGUCAUUCUCUUCGUUUCUGCAGGUUCCUGGUCUCUCUAUCAGCUCUUCUAAACUUCCUGUUUUGGUGUCUGGUUUAUGCCAUUUGCAGCAGGAUUUUCAUUGCAGCUUCUCUCCCUCUGUGUGUCUCCUGGUCUUUUACGCUUGGUGUUUUACUCUUGGAGGUGGAUUUAGGCCUGUGGUGGUUCUCAUCAGCCAUGGUUUGCCCUGCUUGUUGGUGGUGGUAGUUCUGCCUCAAAGGAUACAUUUAAAGGGACAUUGUGUUAUAAUUUCUCACCCUAAUGUUGCUCCAACAUGUAUGACCAGGAUAAAUAUCUCCUUCUGUGUUAUAUAGAGGAAUGUGGACUUUUUUUUUUUUUGGCACUAAUAUUGGAGACACUAUUAGACUAAAAAUCAUGUUUUACUCACUAACCAGUUGACCUAACAUGCAGUUUACUCUCAGAAGAAGAUUAAAGCUUAAUCCAACAACUAUUUUUUAGUCCUAGUAUUGUUGUUGUUUUGUCUCCAACCGCCUGCAAUUGGUUUUAUAGGCUCAAAUUGACUGAAGUUUAUAAUUUCAUUUAUUUUAAGUAAACUGUUUCAUGCAAUUAUUUUAUUGUUGUUUGUAGUAUGUCAUUUGUAUUUUUGCUUUUUUUGCAUGGUAUAUGUACAUCAUUGUUUUACAGUUUCUUUCAUUUUAUUGCAUCCAUUUACUGAUAUUAUUAAUUAUUGUCUCUAACUCAUGUUUACACACAUUAAUAAAGAAAACAACAUUA